CCCUACACUUUGAUGCCAAUGAAGAGUGUCGCUUUUGUCGUAUCCCUACUCUUUGGUAAUACCAUAUAUGACAAACACAUGUAUGAUGACUCAAAUACUAGUAUCAGUAUCAAUUUGAAUAAGAACACGUAAUUGGAAUGGAAUAAAAUAUUAAUAUUUGAUAAUGGCUUUAGUAUUACGAUACUGUAUUUUAAGUCAAUCGAAACGGCUUACACAAGAAUUUCGGUUAUUCCAUCAUAAUGUUAGCAGUCAUACCUACAUCAAUAGCAAUAUCAAGAAAUGUGGAUCAAUUGUGCAUAUGAAACAUUUUUCUACAGAAGAUGAAAAAAUACAUAUUUACAAAGGAACUUUAACAAAGCGAGUCCGUAAUCUAAAAAUAUUCUCUUAUGCAACGUCAAUUUUAUCGUUCACAUCACAACCUUUCAUUUAUAUGAAAGUUUUAGAAGAAGAUAAUCUGACAGGUUUAGUUGCAGUAUUUGCAUUUUUGAACUUGGUUGCGGCAUGUUCUCCACUACUUGUGCAUUGGUUGGCAAAAAGAUAUGUAACUGACAUGUACUAUUACCCUAAAGAAGAUAAAUAUGUUGCAGAAGUAUAUGAUCUUUUUAUUAACAAGAAACAGAUAGUCUUCACAAACGAUGAAGUAGAGAUACCUGAAAUAGAUUCAAUGCUCAGAUGUUGUAGUGUAGAAGGGCAUCCUCUUCUUUUCGAUGAAGCAGAAUUUAUAGAUCCUAAAUAUUAUUGUGUUAUUAUGGGAUAUAACGAUCCAAUAGAUUUUGAAAUGGGUCCUGAUGCAGCUAAUGCACAAAAAGUUAAAAUAGAAUCAACACAAGAACAAUUAAAAGAUAUUAAAGAGGAUCGUAAACAGAUAGAAGCUAAACAAUAAAGACAAAAUUAAUUUGACAUUUAAAGUA